CUUCGCUUCCGUAUCCACCUUUGUGCAUGCAGCGCGCGCCAAAAUUUCUCGAUUUCGUUAUGCACAAACUCUGAAGCCGCCUCCAGGAAUCGAACUCGCGAACGUUCUCAUGCCGCUACAAUCACAGUAGCUGAGCGAUUGCCACGAUGGCGAAAGGCGUCGAUGAGCUUGUCAACCACAUCCUCUCGGAAGUCGCCCUCACCGGCGUGCAAGGAGCUGGCAGCGUCGACUUCAAGCGGUUCGUGCAAUCUUUCUACAAUAAGUCACAAGGCGAAGGUGAAUCUCAGAACCCCCUGCAACCCGGCCUGCUGGGCUCUGCAUUACAUGAGAAAGUCUGGCACUGGGUGAUCGGCCAUGCCGACAUUCGCAUCUCGCACCAUGGAAAAGAGUGCCAAUAUACUCUCGCUGAAUUCGAAGCGGCGGAAAGACCUGAUGCAGACCCGACGAGUAUCCCGCCUGUAGCUCAGCCCACCGAAUACAGCAGUACAGUGGUUCAAGCGCCAGGUCCUGCAAAGUCUCUCCUAGCACUCCGGAACUCCGUACGACAGCGUUUGGCCAAAGAAGGGCUCGGCCUGGAUGCGGAUACUGCACGCAAAAGCUUGAGUCUCCAAAAUCCCUCGGCAUCACAAGAAGUAGCAUCGGGAAGGCAGCUCAACGCCAACUCAUCACCGUACAUUGCUCGUGCACCUCGUGUUUCUCCGACUACAUCAAAUGAAACUGUUCCAAUCUUCGAUGACCCUCAAACGAGCUCCACUGCACCACGCCUGUUUGCAAGUCAGAGCCGCAUCUGGCAAGCACUGACUGGACAUGGAAUUGAUCUCAAGAAGGUCCCAACGAUGGAGUUUGUCCUUUUGUCUCUCAUAGCAUCGCACGGAGAAGCGGGAGUUACGCAGCCAGAUUUGACAGUUAUGAGCGGCCAAGACAAGCGCUCCGUGCCACACCGAACCGAUGAGCUUUGUCGUAAGGGUUACAUUGAGAAACGACCUAUCCAAUUUGGCAAGCUGCGAACCAGUCUGUGUGUCCACAAGAAGUAUGUGUCAGACGAUCACUUCCUAACCUCUGGAAAGGUUGAAGACGUGUUUCAGCACAAAACGUUCGUUUUGUCUGGCUUUGUGCACCUGCUCUAUAACUCGCUGAAAGACGCUGGGGUCGUUCCGACAAGAGACAUUCGGAAGCGUUUGAACGUACCGAUGGCAACUUGGAACAAGCGAGCUGUGCAGGGUGCACUCAUUCGCCUCGAUCAAACAGGUAUGGUCAAGCGAUUCAGAGCUCGUCGUAAGGAUGCCGAGGAGACCUGGCUCACUUGUAUUGAAGUGCUGCGAGAACCUCGACCUGAAGAUCACGAGAAUUUGAAGUUUCGACGUCAGGCUACUGCCGAUGAAGCUGAUGAGGAGCAGUCCGACGAGGAAGUCGACGGCGAUACACUGAUGAGAGAUCUUGAGGUGGAAAUGCUCAACAUUGACUCCCAGGAGGCAGAUGGUGACAAAGAAGAUGCUGGGCGUGUGCCACCCCAGUGGGUACCGGAGCGCCUGCUCUCUAACACACUAUACGAGGUUAUUGCAAUGGGCGGUCCAGAGGGCUGGGACUCUGGGGUACUGCGCGACCGGAUCGUGGGAAGAUUCUGGCGGCGUCCCAUGGAGUCCUACCUUACCCGUUUGACAGAUGACUGGGAAGCUACGCAGCCGGCGCAUCUUCGACACCUUGCGCUCAUUCGAGACACACGUAACACUCAAGAGAAGAAGUUUGUGCAUUAUGUAUACCGCACACACGGGAACUUCCAAAAAGCUGCAGAUGCGGGCGAGGUCAUCUGGGCGGGAGUCAGCAAGCCUGCACCAAAGCAAUCGGCUGCCGCUAAGGGGGGUCGGCCAAAGCCGACCGGGCCCAGGAAAGAGCCUAUUGAUGCGUGGGGAUUCCGCACACUCAACCCAAAGGACUUCCUCCGUGAUGAUGGGUCAGCAUCACUCUCCGACUGUCGUGCGGCUAUCGUUCAUGGUCGAAAGUACGGUCCGCGAUGGGACAAUUCGUUUGUUGAGGACAUUGGCUACAAGAAGAUCGAAACCCCCAAAACGGGAGUCCGGUGGACAAACGAUGCGUCUCGUUCGAAGCCAAAGUCUCAAUCUAGGUUAACCUUCUCAUCGCUCGACUCGCCCAGCAGUUCCAAAACCCCAACACGGCAAUGGCCCACUGCCGAUGUGGCUACCGACGGUGAGGGUGUAACACCAAUUGGUCCGGCAAGAGUCAUGGGUCUACCAAAGCGAAAAUGCGAAUCUGGCCUACUCACCAUCGAGCAGAGAAUUGCAUUGGGAUUGAAGGCAAAAGGCCGUCUCAGCAAGUUUGUUGAAGAUCAGAUCCGAGAACAUCGCAAGCACACAGGAGUACUAACAUCGAUUCCCGACUCGAUCGAGCUUGAAAGACCAACUGCACCACCCGCACCUCCAAAGCUUGGCCCGCUCAUGACUAAAGACGAGCGAAUUGCAGCAGGUCUACCACCCCGCGGACGCCUAGGCCAGAAAAUGGAAGAUCAGAUUCGCGAACAGCGUGGCCUUCCAAAGAGCGUUGAAAAAGUGAAGAAGCCGAAGAGGAACAGGCCGGCCAAUGAGCCAGCAUUGUUAAGCAAAGAACAGAGAAUCAAAUUGGGCAUUAUACCCCACGGUCGUCUCCCUCAAUCGCUGAUGGAGGGGCUGCGGGAGGAGCGCGAUCUUGAAAUUUCUCUAGAGCAUUCUAAGGUUAUUCCCGCAUAUUUGAACGCCAUUAAAGAGAAAAAGCCAAAAGCGGAGAUCACGCGUCGGAUCGAUGAAGUCAGGGUGCGGACAGUGCAGCAGUACGACUCCGAAGGAGAGUUGAAUCAGGCUGAUGUUGGCACACCUGCUCUAGAAGACGACGAUGCGUUAAUGGAGGUCGAGUCGAGAGCAGACACAUCAAGUUUCGAAAAGCGAAAAGCCGACGACGAUACGGUCUUGUCGCAGUCCCCUAAACGAUUACGCGUUGAGCAGGACGCAUUGACUGAAGAGGCCGACACCACUAUCCCGACACCACCGUCAACAGCAUCUGCUGAUGUUAACGAGCCGGCCGAAGAACAGGCCCAGCCAGAUCUUUCGACGACGAUUGAUAUAGGGGACGAGGCUGAGCUUAUUGGGUCAGGUACUCCACAUCAGACCAGUGGCGAAGUCACCGAACCGUCUCGUCAAGUCCAGACUGAAGCGGAGGCGAAAAUCGAUCUAAUCAAAGAAAAGUACAAGAAUCGAUCUACCACCGGCCUCUACCUAGAUCCCUUCGCAAAACGCUCGAUUGGACAAGGUCGACCGCGCAAUGCCUUCUUUGCAACCUUCCGGCUGAGCAAGCUUGCGUCCUUUGAUUGGUUUACGCAAGAUCCGAUCACAGCAUUGAAAGGUAGAAAGCAGAAAUUGCCUCGCAGCAGCAUCGCGGCUCCGGUUGCCAAUCACGACAUCGAUCCGGGCGAGCAAAGAGCAGUAAUCACCACUGGAGAUACCAUUUCAACUGAGCCACAGAUAGCUAUGGAUUCAUCUGAGACCGAGGUCAAUGCUGCACCCAGCGUAGCUGACGACUUGUCAGACGCGCGUGUUGCAGGUCAGGUUUCCGUUGACCUCGAUAUCGGAGAGCCUCUCGAUGGACUAGUUCCCAGUCAAUCGCCCGGAUCUACCGGUACGACGCCAGCUGCUGGACGCACCGAUUCGAGCAUGGAAUCAUCUCAAGAUGACGCUCAGCCGGUACAGCAACAGACACGUCCAGAAUCUGGUUGGAAUGCCAUCAACAAGCCAUUGAGACCUAUCAAUACAUACGAGGAUCCCUAUACGCCAUCGGAGCCCACAGACGUUAUACUUGCGCAAGCAACUUCAGAGAGCACAGAGGAUGCCAAUAUCCAGGGCGUCUGUGGCCCAAUUACUGAAGAGGACAUGGUGAAUCAGAAUGCCAGAAAACUUGCAGCAAACAUGGGCACUAAGACGGGUGGUGGAAGUCAAAAGAUGUUUCGUCAUCAGAUCAUACUGCAGAUCAUCGAACUCUGCGACGGUGUCUAUCCCAUGCAUGGAGAAAUCGGACGACCAUUUAAUACAUUAUGGAAGAGACAGUACCCCAACAUCGCCCCACCAAAUUCGAGUACCGUACUAUCCAACCUCAGGGACAUGAUAGCGGAUCCAAGCAACGGGCUGAAGAAGCUCAGCUUCCUCAUAAGGCUUCGACAGAGCGCCGGCUUGAAGAAGAGAGAUAUGGUGGUGUACCAAAAGUUGACGCCUACAAGCCCGCAGGUAACAAGACUGGCGUACCAAAUGGCGAAUUACUCGAGCACCAAAGCACACCAGUACUAUCCUGAAGAAAUUCGUCACUUGGUGUCUGACGAGUCUUUCUAUGUGCCAAUGCCGAUCGCACCCAAGGAUGCCACUGUCACCUUGGAACGUCUCAACCCUAGUUUGCAGCACAAGAUCAAAGAGGCUAAUCUCGAGAGGCGGAGACGUUACUACUAUAAGCAGAAAGAUGAAGAAUCUGCUCGUGAUGCUCAGAAUGCAGCAGUGGAGGUUUCUCUCAAGCAGAGAGCAGCGAAAGAUGGACAGCCACGCGCCAAGCGAGCACGUCUUGCAAGUCUUAACGACAAGAACAAGCGGUAUCGUCGGGCUCCAGUAUCGAAGACAGCUGCAGCUCCUACGGAACCAGAGCUUGAGGCAAGUGUUCCCGCGGAGGGUCCGAUCGACGGUGAACCUGAGCCCGAUCAGGAUUUGACGUCGAAGCAGCCUUCAGUGGCUCCUGCUGUCCACCAUGACGGAUCAUCAGCGCCGACGAUACCAAACCAGCAUCCCAACGUGGUUCAAAGGCGUGCGCUAUUCCAUUACCACGUGUCUACGCUCAGCGCGCCCAUUGUACGCUUUUAUGCAACAAAUGGUACCUUCUCAACAGAAUUCGGUCUCGUUCGUCGAUACGACAUGCUCGGUGUGCUGCCAUCAGCGAUGGCUAUCCCGGAGAUAGCUAUCAAGGAGAGGGGUAAGAAGCGUGUCAGAAUUGUCGAACCUCCAUCUCGGCGUCCUAGCAAGAAGGCUCGUGUUGACGUGGCUGAUCCUAAACCUGCCAACCCAGUGGAUCGUAUCAUCAGUCCCGUCGAAGAGAGCGAAAGCGAUGACUCUUCUUCUACAUUGUCGUCUUCAGAUGAUGACGAUGAUGACAUUCCCCUUAUGCAGCUGAGCAAGAUACAAGCCAAAGCCAUGGCAAAGGCGAAGGCGAAGGCAGAGGCAAAGGAGAAGGCGAAGGCCAAAGCCAAAGCCAGAGUCAAAGACAAGAUGAGGCAGCGGCACAGUAAGAACGAUCCUCUUCCAACCCUUCUCGAGCGUCUCACAGGUCUCACUGGAGAUGCCAAUGAACCGGAAUUUCGCCCACCAAAGCCAAAGAAGCACAGAUCUUACCAGGACUGGAGCGAGAGGAAGAAGGCUCAGCUCAACAAGCUUCACCGAGGACACAAGUACCCAGAGAGUCACGAUCCCGUUGACAGAUUUAAGAAACUCUUUUGUUCGUUGGUCAUUGCAUCUUCCAUGGCUGGAGGCACUGGCGUUGUUGAUUGGAACAUUGUUGAGAAGGUGCACGUUUCCAAUGGCUUCGACCUCGCGAAGACCAAGGCUCUUUGGGCGUGGACGCAAACAAACAUGACUACCCAGAUUGCCGAACUAACAGCUGACUUCGAGGAUCGCUACCUGGACGCCUACGAGAACAAUCAGAUUGCGGCCAUCGAAGAUCCCUCAACGUACGACUGGGCGAACCUCGUGAGAUGGGCUAUGCAUAACUGCGUCUACCCUGAACUAUCCUUACCCGUGUACCGGGAGGCGCUUCAGCAGUUCAUCGUUGAUCUUUCAAGCUUUGAAAUUCUGGACAGACCCAAAUGGUACCGUGAGAAGACGGCAGAUCGAGUCCGCACACAGCUUCAGCUACAGUAUCCUUAUACUGCACCUUUGCACAGGAAGGAUACGCCUCGAUCCGCGGAUAGCGAAACGAACCUAAAGGCUCGCUCAUGGAUUCGCGCAAACACGGCGACCCCGCAGUCUCUCUACGACAGCAAGACAGCUCAUGAGAAACUCAGGUCACUGGGCGAUCCAGUGCUUGUGAAGGUAGUGGGUCAGUACGUGGAUCGACAAAUGCUGCGAAUGCGUAAGUUCAAGCGUCUUCUACCUGGUAGAAACUACACCUUUACAGCGAGGCUUGCGAAGAAGUAUGGGCGCAUAUUCGAGCUCAGUGACUUCAUGGCUGCUGUCAAGAUCAAGAAGGCCAUGGACGUCGCUUUCACUCAAGAAGACCCCGAGAAAUGCUUCUAUUCCGUCUCCCGCUCCGAACCCGACGGUGCCAUUAUGGCCAUCAUGUCGUUGCUCAGUCAAGGCAAAGUCAGGUUCACUCCACAGGUCCCAGCCGUCAAUAAUGAGUUCGGCGCUCCAUUGCCACGAUUAUCCGUCUGGGGGUUUAUGGAAGGCGACUACGUUCACCGAGGUAUUGACAGGCAGCGUAUGUUCUGGGACGUGCAUGUAGUUCCUACGGAAACUUAUGAUUACGGCAAUCCACUGCAACCAGAGACUGCACCACCCAAAGAUGACGCAAGCAGUCCUUUGAUCUGGUCACCACUCCCACCUCCACCACUGCCCGGCAAGCAUGAUUCAAACGCUUUACUCCCGAUCUGGAGCAGCAUGGAUGGGCAGCACGUCACCUGGCCAUGGUGGUACCGGAUCUUGAACCUUGUGCUACAGCCUCUCAUUUUCCAGCCAGGAGCCACAGUUGAAGACAUUCACGCGAACUGCGAUGAGUACACGACGGAGAUCUUCGAGAUCGAACUUGUGCUGCAAUGGCUCAUCUCUGUUAAUGCAGUCAAGAAGAUCAUUGGCGGCGGGUACAUCACGCUCCCAGGAGUAUGGGCAGCGUUUGGCGACGUCUUGCAUGACAUGGAGAACGACUGGCUGAACGAACACCUCAAACGUAAAUCCGAGAAACACGAGAAGCAGGAAUGGCGCGACAAGUACAAUCUGCGAUUCUCUACUCUACAAGGCCGCGACGGUCAGCAACCUUCGGGUGAUGGCUCCGACGAGUCUGAUAUGCCAACGGACGAUGAGCGCGAGGAAUUGACGAGCACAAGCAUGGCGUUCAUGCGCCACCCAAAGGGGCAGUAUGGUAUUGUGCGUGAGCAGAUCGCUAUGGCGGCACCUCAAAAGGCAGAGGCGACGCAGCCAGCAUUACAGUCGGCUGCCGCCCUUGAGCCUGACGCGAGCGUAAAUCCAGCAUCGGAAGUCAACAGUGUUUCAGACGACGCUGAGAUGCGAGACGCGGAUGGCGAUGGCGAAAUGGAUGCAGAUGCAGAUGUAGACGCAGACGCAGACGUAGAUGCAGACACAGGUGUAGACGCAGGUGCAGAAAUCGACACGCAGGUCUAA